AUGUCUCUCGCUUCAGUGUUUUCUCUCUAUCUUCUCUCAUAUAUCUCCCUGAUUUACCUUCUCUCCUCUAUCUCUCUGGUUUACCUUCUCUCCUCUAUCUCUCUGGUUUACCUUCUCUCCUCUAUCUCUCUGGUUUACCUUCUCUCUCCUCUACCUCUCUGGUUUACCUUUCUCCUCUGGUUUAUCUCUCUCUAUCUGUCUGGUUUACAUCUACCUCUGGUUUCUGAUUUCUCUCCUCUACCUCUCUGGUUUACCUUCUCUCUGAUCUAUCUCUCUGGUUUACCUUCUCUCCUCUAUCUGUCUGGUUUACCUUCUCUCUAUCUCUAUCUCUCUCUGAUUUACCUCUCUGGUUUCAUCUAUCUCUCUGGUUUACCUUCUCUCCUCUAUCUCUCUGGUUUACCUUCUCUCCUCUAUCUCUCUGGUUUACCUUCUCUCCUCUAUCUCUCUGGUUUACCUUCUCUCCUCUAUCUCUCUGGUUUACCUUCUCUCGUCUAUCUCUCUGGUUUACCUUCUCUCCUCUAUCUCUCUGGUUUACCUUCUCUCUCAUCUCUCCUCUCUCUGGUUUACCUUCUCUCUCUCUAUCUCUCUGGUUUACCUUCUCUCGUCUAUCUCUCUGGUUUACCUUUCUCCUCUAUCUCUCUGUUUACCUUUCUCGUCAUCUCUCUGGUUUACCUUCUCUCCUCUAUCUCUCUGGUUUACCUUCUCUCGUCUCUCUCUCUUUUUCCCUUCUCUCUUCUCUAUCUCUCUGGUUUACCUUCUCUCUAUCUCUCUACCUUCUCUCGUCUAUCUCUCUGGUUUACCUUCUCUCGUCUAUCUCUCUGGUUUACCUUCUCUCGUCUAUCUCUCUGGUUUACCUUCUCUCGUCUAUCUCUCUGGUUUACCUUCUCUCGUCUAUCUCUCUCAUGUACCUUCUCUGUCUCACAUUCUUUCUCUCAUCUCUUUUCUCGUCUAUCUUCUGGUUUCCUUCUCUCUCUAUCUCUCUGGUUUACCUUCUUCUCUCUCUCUGGUUUUACCUUCUCUCCUCUAUCUCUGUCUCUUCAUGUUCUCUCUGGUUUACCUUCUCUUUCUCUCUCACCUUCUCUUCCUUGUUCCUUCUUUCUCUCUCUCUCACACGUUCUUUGUCUCAUCUUUCUCUCUCUAUCUUAUGUUCAUUCUCUCAUUUCUCUCUCUCAUAUUCCUUCUCUUAACUCCCCCCUAUUCUGUGUCUUAUCUCUCUCUCUCAUAUACUUUCUCUCAUCUCUCUUAUAUAUGCUUUUUCUCAUCUGUCUGUUCUGUCAUAUGCUUCUUCUCAUCUCUUUCUAUCUAUCUCUCUUUUCCCCAUUCUCUCACUCUCUCUCUCAUAUUCCUUCUCUGGUUUAUGCCUUUCUUUUAUAUUCUUUCUCAGCUCUCUCUCUUUUCAGUUCUUUUAUCCAUCUCUCUCUCUCUAGGUUAUUCCUUCUCUGGUUUAUUUCUUUCUUUUCUAUUCUUUCUCAGGUUUCUUUUCAUUUGUUUCUCUCUCUCUCUCUCUUUCUUUUUUUCAUUUGUCUCUCUCUCUCAGGUUUCUUUUCAUUUGUAUCUCUCUCUCAGGUUGCUUUUCAUUUGCUUCUUUCUCUCUCUCACAUUGCUUUUCAUUCUUUUCUCUCUCUCUUAUGUUGCUUUCCAUUCUUUUCUCGUUCUCUGUCUCUCACAGGUUCCUUUUCAUUCAUCUCUCUCUCUCUCUCUCUCUCAUUUAUCUUUUCAUUUGUUUCAUUUCAUCUCUCUCAGAUACCUCUAUACUUCUUGCUUUGUCUUACAUUUCCUCUCUCUCUUUCUCUCCCCAGCAUGUGUGUCCCCCUCUCUCUGUGUGUCUCUGUUAUAUUCCUUUUGGAAUUGUGCAUUUUCUAUCAUUUAUCCUCUUUUAUCACCUUCUUCCUUCCUCUCCCCUUCCCAUAA